GCAGCUGCCAGCCUGUGCCUAGGAGUGUGGGGACCAGCGCGGCGGCAAGCAGACCGGCACCAUGGCCUCGUCUCAGGGGAAAAACGAGCUGAAAUUCGCCGACUGGAUGGCAACUCUGCCUGAGAGCAUCCACAGCAUUCCCCUCACCAAUUUAGCCAUCCCAGGGUCCCAUGAUUCCUUCAGCUUCUACAUUGAUGAAGCCUCUCCAGUAGGCCCUGAGCAGCCAGAAACUGUCCAAAAUUUUGUCUCUGUGUUCGGAACUGUAGCCAAGAAGCUGAUGCGGAAAUGGUUAGCCACUCAAACAAUGAGCUUCACUGGUCAGCUGGGAGCUGGAAUCCGUUACUUUGACCUUCGAAUUUCCACGAAGCCCAGAGACCCAGACAAUGAACUGUACUUUGCUCAUGGCUUAUUCAGUGCCAAAGUCAAUGAGGGUCUUGAAGAGAUCAAUGCAUUUCUCACAGAUCAUCACAAAGAGGUAGUAUUCUUGGACUUCAACCAUUUUUAUGGAAUGCAGAAAUACCACCAUGAAAAACUGGUCCAAAUGCUGAAAGACAUCUAUGGAAACAAAAUGUGCCCAGCCAUUUUUGCCCAGGAAGUAAGUCUAAAGUACCUAUGGGAGAAGGACUAUCAAGUAUUGGUCUUCUACCACAGUCCAGUGGCACUGGAAGUGCCCUUUCUUUGGCCUGGGCAGAUGAUGCCAGCACCUUGGGCAAACACAACAGACCCUGAGAAAUUGAUCCAGUUUCUUCAGGCAUCCAUUACUGAGAGAAGAAAGAAGGGCUCGUUUUUUAUAUCUCAGGUGGUGCUGACACCCAAAGCAAGCACUGUGGUCAAAGGUGUGGCAAGUGGCCUCAGAGAAACAAUCACAGAAAGGGCUCUUCCAGCCAUGAUGCAAUGGGUCCGCACCCAGGAGCCAGGAGAGAGCGGCAUCAAUAUUGUCACCGCUGAUUUUGUAGAACUUGGAGACUUUAUCAGCACUGUCAUAAAGCUCAACUAUGUCUUUGAUGAGGGAGAAGCCAACACUUGAUAUUACUCUUUGGGGUGUCCAUGAGUAAGAUAGGAAAGCCUCAUUGUAUUAGACAUAUUAUCAACAACCCUCUGAUUUUCCUAUUCCACCGAGUCUCUGAAGGAUUUAGGGCUGGAAGUGGGUGGGAAAAGAGGGUAAACCAUGUCUUCAGUGAUUGUAACCAUAUUCUGCAUUACUCUAUAAAUAUGCCAUUCCCAUUGGUGAGCAAAAUCUACUUCUAGUGUUAGGAAUAGAAAAGAACAGUGACUUUUGUUUUUCAGAAUUAAUGUUUGUGAUACGUAACUCAUGAGUGUUUACUUGACUGCAUUUUCUAAUUUCAACCUUGGGCUCCUAUAUUGUUCAUACCCUCUACUCUUUCCACUCCUUCUCUCUUGCUCCCUCUUCCUAAUUAGAUGCUUUAUGGUUCUCCAAACAAUUGAAUGCCCAACAUAUUGUGUAUUGCACUGUUGUAAUGAAAUGUGUUUGUUUUGUGACAAUUGGUAAAAUAUUCCAUAGUCAUCUGUAAUUGGGCAAUCAUAGUUAAUUCUUGGCCGUAGAAAAUAUGCAUCAAAUCAGUUUCCUUGCAUCAGUAAUAUUGGCAGUUAUUAGUGAUUUUUGUGUUCUAUCAAAACAAUGGUGUUUCACAGUAUUUCUGUGUGAGGCAGCUAUGACUAUUAUGCAAAUGGAUUUCUGAAAAGACUGUGAGUGUCAGGUCCAUAGUGAAAAAAAGAGGAAUGGUACAUGCAGAGGCAGAUGCUAUUUUAAUUCAGCAAAGUCUGAAAUACUAACGCCCAGCGAAUGUCAAGCUACAAGUGUGUGGAAAUCAGCAAAAAAAUUUAAGUUUUUAUAAACUUCUCUUAAUAAUUAUAUUUUUUCUAAAAUUCAAAAUAGAAAGACCAUGACCAAUUUCCUAUAAAAUUGAGGUUCUAAAUGCAAAAUUCUAAAACCUAGAUUUUGGAAACAAAACGAA